GUCACUUCGCGCUCGUGACGCUGUGCUGAGCGCGAGGAGGAUGAAGACUCCGCUCCACGGGCCUCCGCGCGCGGCUCCAUGAGUCACGAGGCCAGCCAUCAACAUCCCGCGCGCGUCAAAUCUUCACGCAGCCAUACACCUUAGAGUCAUAUAACUAGCCAUACACCUUAGAGUCAUAUAACUAGCCAUACACCUUAGAGUCAUAUAACUAGCCAUACACCUUAGAGUCAUAUAACUAGUCCAAAUGGCGUUCAUGUCCCGGUUCUCCCGGUCCCGGAGCAGCUCCAGGUCUCCGAGUCGCAAAGACUCGGAGCGCAUCUCUCCCACCUUGACCGUGUCCGAGUUGGAGAGACUUCUUUGUAGCGGCAAGACGGCCUGCAACCACGCCGAUGAAGUCUGGCCCGGACUUUAUGUGGGAGACCAAGACAUUGCGUCAGACCGCCGUGAGUUGUCCCGGCUGGGCAUCACUCACAUCCUCAACUGUGCACAGAGUAAGUGGCGAGGCGGUGCAGAGUAUUACCACGGUAUGAACAUGGUCUACUACGGCAUCGAGGCUCACGACUCGCCCGCCUUCGACAUGAGCGUCAACUUCUAUCCUGCCUCGGAGUUCAUACACAAAGCUCUAACACGGGGAGGCAAGGUUCUGGUCCACUGCACAGUGGGAGUGAGCCGCUCUGCCACGCUGGUUCUGGCCUACCUGAUGAUCCGACAGAACCUGACGCUGGUGGAGGCCAUCAAGACGGUGAAGGACCACCGUGGCGUCACCCCCAACCGGGGCUUCCUACGCCAGCUCAAUGGCCUGGACGGCAUCCUGAGGGAGAGUCGCAGGGCUGCGCCUCAAAUCUGAGUCGAACCGGAACCGGAACCAGAACCACUUGAGGUUUAUUCCACAUUCAGUUGACAGAAAGUAUGGAAACAUCCAACGUGCCAUCUCUUAUCAGCUACUAACUGCCUUGAUGACCACAGACUGCAGAGCUCAGUCAGGGCUAACUGCUAAUGCUAACAAAUAACAUCAAAAACUGCUGUUUAAUAUUCAAAGUACCUCCGGCAUCGUUUUAUCGACACCUUUUUAUGACUUGUUCUGUGCGAGUGCACCGGCUACAUGGAAGCUACUUAGCUUAGCCGGGGAUUCAAAGAACAAGCCGAAUUUGUAACAUUGGUGUUAAUAGUUCAUUCACUCGAGAAUUGAUUGAUUGAAGCUUUUAUUAGUAGUAUUAGUACAGUACAUAUUCCGUACAAUUGACCACUA